GGUUUCUAGGUAGUUCAAACAACAUCAUAUCCGUAUCAUGCUAGUUGCACCUCCGGCAGUACCAUAAAACAGUGGAGGCAAAUUUCAUAUACUACGGUUUCUUCUUCUGGCGUUACCUGACGCAUGAGUAGCGUCGACACUACUACGUAGCAGACCAUCUCUUGUCGGCCAUUCUGGGCUACGGUUCAAAGGGAGUCUCAAAAACUCUUGGUUUUCUCUUGCCAUAGCCUUUACAGCAGUUGCAUCAUGUCAGGAUCUAUGGUUAUUGGGAGCGAGGUCGAAUCCUCUGCCUCGCCAAUUGCAUCUCCAUUCCUAACUCCGCCAUACCCGUCUACGGUUGAUCAUGACAAGCUGGGAUGCAGCAUGCUCAUCCGCCAGGACCCUUUCUCUAUCACACUGGACGCACCCGCUCUCCUCACAGUCACUCUUAUGCUCGUAUUGGGCAUGCACAUGAUUGAUCAUCAUCUCUUUGCUUGUCUGCUUGUUGGCACUCCUGCCCUUCUUCUCAUUCGCAACGACUACCACAAUUUCCUCAAGCUAGGUCCAGGCGGCACACCGCCCACUCUGUCUGGCUACGCAAGACUGUCAUGGUACCGGCUAUUUGCCAUCCGAGACCCCUUCAGCGCUCCUAUCUCCAGUCUUAGCCAUCUUCCUGCAUCUGGCAUCCUAGGGAACCAGCCACUUCCAUACCGACCCGGACCCCGUCCUCUUGUGGCCGGUCUUGCACCUCAAAGGCAACUUGACCAAUGGGGCCCUGUCCGCUGUUGCGAGCAGCUCAAGACGGCCAUCGAGCGGGCCACCGUCCAGUUCCCUCAACUGUUGGGCACGGCGACGUCGAGCAUUGAGAAGCACGGAUUUGCCCUCUUUGCCAGGCAUCCUGUCAAUGUGCACGGGAACGGAGAGGUGGCGCAUGUCCACAGCUCAGACAAGUCGCUGCACUUAAACCUGCACCCUGACGAUAUCAAAGAGGUCUUACAACGAGGAUGGGGCCAACGUCAUCCGCUGGCCUUUAAAGGCAUCCGAGGCUGGAUCGAGUCACCUGUGCCUAGCACCUUUGUUAUGAUAUACGCACCUAGAGAUGAAACGGACCUGCGUAUCGUGUGCAAGAUUGUUGAAGCUGCUAUCUGGUACACAGCCGCAGAGAAAAUCAACCUGGAGCUUCCGUGUGAUUCCUGAACAACCAACUCACCGCCCAACCUUUGGCCAACCACCAGCCAAAGCCUCUAAACCACUGGGAGUAAGAUGGUUGGGCCCUCACACUCCAGUCCAAUGAUACGAAUGAACGCGGUCGCCCCGAAAAAGCACAUUAUCAACUCACAGCAUUUACACUACUUUGCCAGCGUUAUUGUCAAUGCUGAAAACCCGCAACGCGCACUACCAUUUAUACUGACUCUGAAAAUCAGUAAGGCGUAACCUUUAAGGGCUAUAACACUUCCAGUUCCACCCCUCAAAACACACCAUGACGCUCAAAAUGCAAUGCUGGAUGUAGCUAGUACUAUUACCAGCCAAAGCCAUGGAACUUUUCUCACCACAACCCUAAGAAUAAACGAAGGGUAGCUUUGCGGUUGUGAUUCAAGACGAAGGUUCAGCGAUUACGGAGAAAGAAAAUACAAGUAAAUAAAAGACGUGAAAGUCAAACAGCGAAGCUUGUUAGAACUUAGAUCCCAUGUGCAAAAAGCCUAGUUGAGUUAGGUACCUACUGAGCGACGUGUGAGCCAGCAUCCUAGGUGACGGAAAUGGAUGCGGUCUGGUGAGGGGUGGAGGUAUAAAUUAACAGCAGCAAUAAUAAUAGUCUUGGUUUGAAUUGUCAAUGCCGACGGUCUUUAGCCUUAAUAUAGCCCCCAGUUAGUUAACGCACUGUGACCCACUUGUACG